AUGAAAUUUGGACCUGAUGUUCAAAUAACAAGACGAUGUUUCGAAAAUAUUUUAAAAAUAUAUGUUAACAUUGACCAACAGAUUCAAGGCUUUAACGUUGAUAUUCCCCUCGGAAUGAGUCGAACGCCUUUCCAAGAAAUAUGUGACAUAUUUAAGACUUAUUGCAAUACAAAAAAUUUCUUCCUGCCAUCACACUUAGAUAUAGUCACUCAAUGCAUUAAUGUAGAAAUUCUAAUACCAUUAUUCAAAUAUUAUCUACCUAAAUUAUUUAAUGUUGAAAUGACCUUUGUGAUGCCUAUCAUCGAGGUUGCAGAUAAUGCAAAUCAUAAUACAGAUAUAAUUCAAAAAUCAUCUACAAAAAAAAAAGAAAAUAAACUCAUAUUAGAAGAGUGGAAACAGAUGCUAUAUAACAUAUCAAUAUCCGAUGAGAGCAGAUCAGAUGUCUUUCAAGACUAUUUUCGUGAAUUUAUUGCAAAAUUACCAACUUCAGA